AUGCUCCAAAGGGCCACGGCAGACCUCGAUGAUCAGGACGGGAUCUACAUCCGAUACCGGGUGUUCCAGUGUUUCAUAAGGGAGGAGUGUCACUUCAUUAACGGCACCGAGCGGGUGAGGUUCGUGGCGAGGGGCAUCUACAACUGGGAGCAAUUCAUGCACUUUGACAGCGAUGUGGGGGUGUUUGUGGGGGACACCCCGAUUGGGGAGAAGGUUGCCAGGAAAUGGAACAGCGACCAGGAACGGCUGGAGUACGCACGGUCUUUGGUUGACAUGUUCUGCCGGCACAACUACAAGAUCAUCACCCCGUUCAUCGUGGAGAGAAGAGUGCCCCCCAGCGUGUCCAUCUUGCUGGUGCCGUCGAGCUCCCAGCUCGGCCCCGGCCGCCUGCUCUGCUCCGGGAUGGAUUUCUACCCUGCGCCGGUGCAGGUGAGGUGGUUCCAGGAUGGGCAGGAGCUGCCGGAGCACGUGGUGGCCACCGACGUGGUCCCCAACGGGGACUGGACCUACCAGGUGCUGGUGAUGCUGGAUCCCCCCCGGCGUGGGGUCACCUACAGCUGCCAGGUGGAGCACGUCAGCCUGGAGCACCCCCUCAGCCGGCACUGGGGUACGGCCCGGCCCCCCCAGCACCGGGGGGGCAAUUGGGGGCGACUGGGAGGGAGUUUGGGGGGUGCUGGGAGGAGGUUUUGGGGGUGCUGA